AUGCCGAGGAGAAGACGACCUGACUUAGGUCGUCGCAGUCAAUCGAAUGUGCGAAGAGCUACCUCACGUGCUAACCGCACUGAUGACCAGAGAGAGACAGAUCAAGAAAAUAGUCUUAUUGCUAUGUCAGAAUUGCGUUAUUUAGUGAGUGAUCAUGAAGUAGAUAGACGGAAUGCUCCUGUGAUUCUUGAACGAGCUGCAUUCCACUAUGAUCCGGCAAUUGAUUAUAGUGCCGACAAAUCGGUAACAAUUGGGGAAAUGAAAAUAAUUUGUAAAUAUUGUAAGGCGUUAAAAUACACUCAUGAAUCUACUGGAUUAUGUUGUGCUGGAGGCAAAGUAAAAUUGCCACAAUUGGUCCCACCACCAGAUCCUUUACGAUCUUUAGUUUCUGGGAUUGGAAAUGAUUCUAAGCACCUCUUGGCCAACAUUCAGAAAUAUAACAGCUGUUUCCAGAUGACAUCAUUUGGCGCUACACAUAUUAUACACGACAAUUUCAUGCCCACUUUCAAGAUUCAAGGACAAAUUUAUCACUUAUUGGGGACACUGUUACCAGUACCUGAUGCAGAUUAUCAAUUUUUACAAAUUUAUUUUAUGGGCAAUUCAGAUGCGGAAGUUGAUAAUCGUUGUGCUCACAAUCCAACAAAUAACAAUUUAGUAAACAUGUUUAAAAUAGCAUUGGAUCGGAUGCCAUCUGAUAGCCAUAAUAUUAUCAUUCGAGCUGACAAAACACCUGCCGGUGAACACACAAGGAGGUUUAAUUCGCAUACCAUUGACGAAGUGGCUGUUGUCAUUGUGGGAGAAAAUUUACAAUCUAGAGAUAUUGUGCUUCAUCGUCGGAAUAGUGAUUUAAAACGUGUAUCUGAAACACACAGGAGUUAUGAUGCAUUACAAUAUCCUUUGAUCUUUUGGCAGGGGGAAGAUGGAUACCAUUUUAAUAUCAAAAUGGAAAAUGAAGUAACAGGUGCUGAAACCAACAAAAAAGUUAGUGCUAUGAAUUUCUAUUCAUACAGACUCAUGAUCCGUCAAGGUGAAGUAAAUCAUAUUUUGAUGUGUCAAAGACUUUUUCAUCAGUUUGCAGUUGACUUGUAUGUCAAAAUUGAGACUGAACGAUUGACAUACAUCCGUUUGAACCAACGACAGCUACGAUCAAAGGAAUACAUUCAUCUCCGUGACGCUAUAAAUGCGGAUGGCAAUGUGAAUAAUGUGGGAAGAAUGACAAUUUUGCCAGCCACUUAUAUAGGAAGCCCACGCCACAUGCAUGAAUAUGCUCAGGAUGCUAUGUCAUAUGUUAGGCAUUAUGGCCGCCGAAACUUAUUUGUUACAUUCACAUGUAACCCUAAAUGGUCCCAAAUCAAGAGGGAAUUGCUACAUAGCCAAACACCAGUUGAUAGACAGGACAUAACUGCCAGAGUUUUUAAACAAAAAUUAAAAUCUCUCAUGAAUUUCUUAAUAAAGCAUUGUGUGUAUGGCCGAGUCCGUUGUUGGAUGUAUUCUGUAGAAUGGCAAAAGCGUGGAUUGCCACAUGCGCACAUAUUAGUCUGGUUAGUGGACAAAAUAAGGCCAGAUGAGAUUGAUUCCAUAAUUUCAGCUGAAAUUCCAGAUGAAACAGUUGACCCAAAAUUGCAUGCAGAGUUACCAAACACAUGA